AUGCGGAAUAAAGCCAAUGUGAAGAGAUUGCAAGAACAAAAGUGUAGUCACGGUGCAUUAACAGAUCUGAAAAUAGAUGACGUAUUUGCUUAUUUGUCAAUUAAUGAAAACACAAAUGAUGAACAUGCUGAUGAUUUUGAUAAUACAGAUUUGGAUAUUGAUUUUGAUUUUGAUAACGAGUAUUUUGCCGAUGCUGACAACAAGGACGUAACCGAUGAUGAUGAAAAUGAAAACGAAGAAGAUUCUGAGGAAGACGAAGAUAUUGAAAGUGACUUAAGUGAAAAACAGGUAAAAUUCGGUAAGGAAUUUUUUAAUAUGGAAAGUUCAUCAAUACCAAUUCGUGAUUAUGAUGACCUAGUAAAGUGCAAUAAUGAAUCAAAUAAUCCGAAUAAAUGUACUGAUUCAUAUUGCUCAUAUAGUACAAACACAUUAGUAGCACCUCACACGUUUAUGAUAAUGAAUAUUCAACAACAAAUUCAACAAGUUUUAAGAUCAAUUAACCAAAAUGAUCUUCGUCUACCAGAGACAAGGUGCAGAGCUUCUGAAGAAUCAAUGAAUGAUAUUCAGGAUGGGAAUGUGUAUAGAAAUAUUCUAUAUUCAUUGAAGAAUGAGCGUCAACCGAAUUUUAUAUCAUUAACAUGCAAUAUUGAUGGCGUAGCAGUUUAUACAAGUAGUGAACAAAGUAUGUGGACUUUCACAGCUUGUAUAAAUGAACUUAAACGAACGAUUCGUUUUUCUAUGGAAAAUAUUAUUGUACUGGCUAUUAGUGUAGGUCGGAAAAAGCCAUCACGAGUUAUCAUGCAAAAAAUGCUUUCUCCGAUAGUCUUACGCCUUAAAGAAUUACAAAAACCGAAAUUAUAUCAAGUCUCCGUCAACUCAUAUGAAAUGUUACGUGUUUAUCUUAUUGGAAUAAGUAAUUACAAACCUGCCAAUAGUCUUGUACAAAAUCAACCGGAGCCAAAUGCACUUUAUGGCUGUUCUAAAUGUGAAAUUGCUGGAUAUACAACAGCAGCUAAAAUCCAUGCAACACCAACAACGUCAAAGAAAAUAACAACCACAUAUGUUCGGAUUUUUCCAACGCCAGCAAACGACAGACCGCAAAUGCGAUCAAAUGCACGAUGGCAUGAAAUCAGCCAUGCUCUUCAAAAUGGUCAUCAGUUUAUAUGUUGUGAUAAGAAAAUACAUUCGUAUGGUUAUCUGGGUGAAUGUGAAUUUACUAAUUUAGCCUUUGUUGAUCGUGGUAUAUCGUUUAUGUGCGAUACAUUGCAUACAAUAUAUCAUGGUGCCUUCAAGAGAUUGUUGAAAUUAUGGAUAGAAUCAUCAAAAAAGCAACCAUGGUCAAUAUCGAGUUUUCUUCCAUUGAUAACUAUUGAUCUUGCAAAUAUACGUUAUCCUAGCACAACAACAAGAGCACCACGAAAUUUAAGCAAGUGCUUCAAGUUAAAAGCUAAUGAAUCUCGAGUUUUACUAUUAAUCGGAUAUCCGAUUUUUAAAAAGUAUUUGCCCGAAGUGUAUUAUAAUCAUUUAAAAAUGCUAGCAUUUGGUAUUACUAUUGGAGAGUCGAGAAAUAUCUCGUCAAAAAAUUUAAAUGAUAUGGAAUUAUUAUUAUCUAGCUUUGUUGAUAAUUUUCCUUAUCACGAACGAUAUAUUGUGCAAAAUAUUCAUUCAGUAAAACAUUUUGCAAAAACAGUGAACGACUUUGGUCCUUUGUUCAAUUACAGCACAUUCAAUUAUGAAAGUGUUAUCGGAUACCUAUCAGCAUCCAUUCAUGGUACUAAACGAGUUGGUAGCGAAUUAAUAAUAAAUCUUCAAUUGUUUAAAGAAGCUUACUUCGCAUCUACAGAUCAUUGUUCAUCAUCAUAUCUUUCGACAUUUAUAAAAUAUUUAGAUACAAAAAACAAACAACAUCCUAAGCAACGAAUAUCAACCGAAAAUAUUUCUGAAGAUGACUUGGAUUUAUUAUACAAAUCAUUUCCAAAGGAGUACACAAUAAAAUCAAUGAAAUCGAGUAAGGCCUAUAUAGCCAAAGAAAACAAACUAUGGAUAAAAUCGCAAACUUCCAAUCAUUUAUGCGGAUUUAAAUAAACGACUAGAAUCGCUCUAAAUAAGAACUACGUUGACAAUAGAGACAAACACGGUUCCAGCUAAUAUUUUGUAAUUUUGAGUGUUGUUGUCUCUAUCGUUACUAUUCUUUUUACGUAAACUGGUUUUAGCAGCUAUUCAAAACCUCACAAAUGCUAAAGCUUUCAAGAUCGAUUUAUAACACAUCUGCUCCAGAGAAUUUUUUGCACCGGUACUAUGCUUCAUAAUCGCACAUUACUAACCAAAUAUGAUUAUAGAACAGCAAAUCUAUCAUUUUUAUAUUUUAUUCUUGUAGUUGUAUGUCAGCAUUUAUCAUUAUCAACAGAAAAUAGCUCCAAAUCGAAAACGUUUUCAGAUUCGUACGUAGUUUACCAACAUCAUAACAAAAUGCACUACGGUAUUAUUCAAAAGAUUUUUUACAUCGAACAACGAGAUUGUUACUUACUAAAAUUACGCCCAUU